AUUGUCUUCAUGAUGACCAUCAUCUCUCUGCUCCUCCUGAUCUCUCUGCUUCCAAACCUGAUCUUCACCGCUCGUGUGAAGGUGGGGAUAGUGAACGGCAAGGAAGCAAAACCCCACUCCAGACCUUACAUGGUUUCUCUUCAGUUUAUGGGGCACCACAUCUGUGGUGGAUUCCUCAUCUCUGAUGAGUUUGUCAUGACUGCUGCACACUGCUGGAAGGGAUAUCCAGGUCUGACGGUUGUUGUUGGCGCUCAUGACUUAAGGAAAAGUAAGCAUUCAUACCGCGUCGAAGUGAAGUCCUACAUCCCUCAUCCAGACUAUCCGUUAUGUUCGAUUCGGAACGACAUCAUGCUUUUGAGGCUACAGGAAAAGGUCAACAUUAACAGAUAUGUUAAAUGGAUAUCGUUACCGAAGAAAGAUGUCAAUGGAGGCACUGUCUGUAGUGUUGCAGGCUGGGGAAGAUUGUCAAUGAAAGGCCGAACGAGCAGUGUUUUAAUGGAGGCAAACUUGAUUACAAUAAACAAUAAAGUGUGUAAAAAUAGAUGGGGACCCAAGAUCUUCACCUCACGGAUGAUCUGUGCAUAUGGUUGUGGAGGAUCCUGUAAAGGAGACUCUGGAGGUCCGCUGGUUUGUGGAGACACUGCAGUUGGUGUCACAUCUUUUGGGUCCGGAAUACGCUGCAAUUCACCUGACUAUCCUAAUGUCUAUACUGAGAUUUCAGCAUUUCUUCCAUGGAUUCACAAAACUAUUAAAAAUACUGAGUGAAUAUGAAAAACAAUUUUCUGACAAUCUUUCAAUAAAAUUGUUA